AUGUCAUCCUUGUAUGAUUACUCCUUCGCCCACGUCUCCAAGACGGAUUCAGUUCAUCAAUCCGCAAUUAAAUACCGCGACCUACGUCUUAAGGCACUAAAGGCUUCUCCUGAGUCUUUUUCUUCUACAUACGAAAUCGAAUCUCAAUUCACAGAGAAACAAUGGAUAGAUCGCCUCCUCCAAGAUAACAGAGAGAACUUCGUCUGCGUUACCACCCCUGCCGACGCUGGCUCUUCUUCUGUGGCACAAUGGGUCGGACAAGUGACUUUGAGAGGUCCAGUGAGCAGAAAAGACUUCACUCUUCCAGAAAUCUCUCGCCAGCCAAUGCCUGGCGAGGACGAAGAAGAAGAUCGUUGGCAGAUGCUGAGCCUGUUCAUCUUGCCGGAACAUCAAGGACGAAAAUUGGGCCAAGGUCUAUGUCGGGAGGUCAUUAGUCAUUUGCAAGAAACUCGGCAGAAGGCUAGAACAGUAGUGAGAUUAAUGGUCAAGCCCCAAAACACCGCUACUGUUCACUUGUACGAAAAGCUUGGUUUCGAAACAGUGGGCAAAUGCACAUUGGCUGAGGCUCUGGUAGCGAACGGAGAUGGCCAUCUGCUCCCUGAGGAUAUCACAGACGCCAGGUACUCUACUCGAUCAGGCCUGAUUAUGAUCUACACCAUCUCAAAUACUUCCCAGAAUUGA